AUGCCACGUCUAGGCAGAUUAUUUCAAAUGUCUCUUUUGACCGCCCUCCUCUGCUUGCCAAUGUUUAACUUGAUGUCGUCAUCAACAGGGAGGGGACUCGGGAUAUCUGUUGACGAUCUUUCGCUGUCCGCAAAUUUUUCCUCCGUGUCCUGGUUUUCAGAACUCGAAGCAGAUUUGACCGCUGCGCGGAAGGUUGCAAAUGAGUUUUUCAAGCGCGUAACCGAAUCACCCGUCCCAGGAGAUGACCUGAGUGAUAUCUUUGCAGAAACACCCAGAGUCCACAUAAAUCGGAAUACUAUACAACUGGGCGGUUUUCCUGACAGGGUGGCCGAAGGGGAGUUCACGGGGUUUAAAGGUGAAGACUACAAUAUCAAAACAACUAAAUACGAACCGAAUAACUUUCAAGUUACUUGGAAGCAUCCUACGGGUACGGGCAGCGCCCACCUGUGGAAAAAAGACGGUUACAGGAUCUUCGCUUUAAGCAUUGAACAUUCCGAGCCAAGCACAUCAGGCGCAUGA